UCGCAAAUCCCAACAGGAAAAUGUCAUAGCCGAGUUGAUCCGCACAUGAUGACAGCUGAUGGGCGUCCUUUCGAAAAUCAAAAUAAAGACAUAUGCCUUCUAUACAGACAUAAGAGGUACAACAUCAAGGUAGAAGAAAAAUAUGGCCUUUGUAACAACAAUCUGGCACGAUGUACAUGUGGGCUGCGAAUCCAGGCCGGAAGAAACGUAUUUGCCAUUGAUGGGUGUUCUCGAAAGGCUUGGCUGAUUGACUAUGUACAAUGCGAAGGUAUAAACACUUUGCGGGUCAAUGCGAAGACUAGCUCAGUUUGGGAGAUAAUAACCCCAAUCGGAACGACAAUUGAGGUGAUGAUUAAUCCAUAUUCAGAAACUUACCGCUGGUUCAUGAAUGUUCAGCUGUUCAUGUCUCCUAGAGACUUCAAUGCUACUGACGGUUUAUGCGGGGACUACGACGGGAACUCUAACAACGAUUUUGGCAACGCAGAACUGCACAAAAACAACCAUUGGUAA